AUGGCACAUGACUUCGUUCCCGGCGCGCCCAUUUACGGGUCUGCGCUUGCAUACACUCCGUCGCCUCUGUCACAAACGUACAACGCGUCAUCGUUCGUGCCGCCGCCGCCGCCGCCGCCUCUAUCACAGGCGCACAUGUACAGUCCGCCGCCGUUCGAGCCCCCGUCACCUCCGUCGCAGCCGCGCAUGUUCAACGCGCCGUCUUCAGGCCCCCCGCAGCUGCCAUCGCCCGAGUUUCCCUUCUACGACACCCCCCGCCCGUACUACCGUGAAGAAUGGACAGAGGGAGACCGUGUGUCCGACAGGAUUGAGAGGGAGCACAUCGAGCAGCUCGAGCAGGCCCGCGCUCAGACCGAGACCCAAGACCGGUCCAGCGCAGACGACUCGGCCUCCACGGAGCGUGAGGAGGAUGGCGAAGGCGCUCAAGAGCAGCAGAGCGAGAGUGAUGUUCAUUCUGGUAUGACCGACCGCGGCCAGCUCGCUGACCAAAGCGCGUCAUUGCCACCACCCCCCUCGUCCAAGAAGAUAGAUAACGGGUUCCGAUCCCAGUUGUUCCGCACCGACCUGUAUCGUUCGGACGCAUCCUACACUCCGGCCAAGACGACUGGCCCCGCAGCGCCGCCUCUGAGCCCGACACCCACGACCUCUACCAGAACCGGUGGCCGUGUGUCGACCUCGACGACCAGCUUCUACAGGGAGGACAGCAACAAGAAGACGAAGAAGAGGAAGAAGAGGAACAACGGCACCACAUCUACCGCAACUACCGCCGCCGUCUUCGCCUCCGCCAACGCAGACGGCAUUGACAACAACACCGCCGCCGCCGCCGCCGCCCCCCCAACCAUCCACCGCAUCCACCACCGCCCGCACACCCACCCCCUCCCCUCCUCCCUCCUCGCCGUCCUCUUCCCCGAGGAGGAGACGACGACGACGACGGUGACCGACAACAACAACAACCGCAACCACCACCAACAAGAACAAGAACAGGAAGCAGCAACACCACCAGCAGCACGAGCCGCCCUCGCCGCCACCGACGCCGAGAUCCACCGCUGGGCCUGCGACGCCCUCCUGCCCCCCUCCCGCCCGCGCGAGCCGCACGCCCGCCGCACCCCGCGCCACGCGCCCGGCGCCAUCGGCGACGGCAGGCCGCCGGCCCACGCUCGGAUGAUGACGAGGACGACGACGGCCGGAUCGGGGGAGAUGAUGAUGAUGAUGGAGGGAUCGGAGGGGGUGGAGGAGGUAGAGGAGGGAGGAGAAGGGUACGAGGAGCGGGGAGAAGGAGAAGAAGGAGAAGAAGACCCGGCGGCGUACGUGCGGUUCCGCGAAUGGCGGGAGAAGGAGCUGCGGAGGGCGGAGGAGAGCAGGAUGGCGCCGGCGCCGAUCAUCAGGGUGGGCGCGGGUCAGGAUCGCGAUCACGGUCGCGGUGCGGUGGGGAAGAGUGUUAGGUUUGCGGAUGGGGCGGCGAUGGUGCGGGGCGGUGGUGGUGGAGGUGGCCGGUGCAGUCAAUAUAGGGAGAGCUGGGUCAAGGGUAGGCAGGGAUUCGAUUUCGGCGCUCGCCCGAUGAUGCAGGGUGGCGCUGUGCAGUUUGGUGGGCGGCAGAGGCUCGAUGGGGGAGCUGAUGGCCCUGUGGAUGAUGGCGAGGCGUCGAGGCUGAAGAACAGAUGGCCGGGUUCGAUCCAGAGUGCCGCACCGGGAAAGCUGGUUGCGAAGGGCCUUGCUCGGCCCGGAGAGAUGGAGAAGUUGGCAGAGAAAGAUAGAAGGGAUUCCAACUUCUAA